UCUCCUCCGUGUUAGUGGAGCUGCGCUCAAGAAGGGUUAGCUGAAUGUCUAGCUAAAGAUAAUCUAACGGAUUGUAGCUGUCACCGGCUGCUUUGGAGCAAAGUACACGUUGGUUAUCAUCAUUGACCUAUGAUCACUUCAUCAACGACUAUCUUGGCAUUUGGAUAAAGACGGUUCUUGAUUUGCAACCUAGGUAGCAAACUGAUGUUGCAUCGAUGGAGUUAUUCCAGUGCGCUGCCAUUGAUUGAGAUGCACCCGGGGACGCCAAACUGGAAUACAUGGAUGGCUAGCUAACGGUCUGCUAGCUAGCUAGCCUUAUGACCGGAGCUUGACCGGUGAACAUUGUGUAGUAGUUAUGUACUUCAUGGCUAGUAUGAGUCUCGUAGACAAGAUCAGUGUUAUAAGAUCUUGGCAACAUGUUAACUAAAUAGCUAGCUAGCUAGCUACAUGUGACUUGACAUUCAUCCAUCUUAAGCCAGCUAGCUAGCUAGCUUCGCUGCUGCCUGACUGAUACUAUUAUCAACCGCUAUUUCAAAAUAGGACGUGGACGGUCAAAUUUGGGUGGCAAAUUAUGAUCCGAAGUUUAAAUGGAUCAGCGUUCAUGGUUACGAUUUAGACGACGUGAAAUGCCAAACGGUGUACAAGCCAGGGCGGAGUUUAGCAAAGGGGCCAUACAGACUGUGACCAGGCAGUGAGCAACAGAAUGGCACAUCUUCUAGAAGACGCCCGCAAGCUGGGCUGGAUUCUCCUGAAAUCGUUGCUUCGCUUUGUUUUCAUGUUCAUCAACAACUGUGUCGCCAUCCCUUCCUAUUGCCUUUAUCUAAUCCUUCUUCAACCUCUUAGAGUAAUGGAUAGUGGCACUUUCUGGCAAAUUGAAGGAAUUAUGUUCAGAUGGAUGCUGGCAAUGGUGUCGUCCUGGGGCUGGGUUGCCGGUUAUACAGUCAUGGAGUGGGGUGACGAUGUGAGGCCCAUCUCUGAAGAGGAAGCCAUGGUGAUAGUGAACCACCAGGCCACAGGAGAUGUUUGCACCCUCAUGAUGUGCCUGCAGGACAAGGGCACGGUCGUACGCAAGAUGAUGUGGUUGAUGGACCACGUGUUCAAAUACACCAACUUCGGCCUGGUGUCCCUAAUCCACGGAGACUUCUUCAUCAGACAGGGUAAAGCCCACCGGGACAAACAGCUGAUCUACCUGAAGGACCACCUAGACAGGUACUAUCACAGCCGGGACAGGAAGUGGAUAGUGCUGUUCCCGGAGGGCGGCUUCCUCCGCAAGCGGCGGGAAACCAGCCAGUUGUUUGCCAAGAAGAACUCCCUCCCCCACCUGUCCCACGUGACCCUGCCACGGCUGGGGGCCACGCAGGUCAUCCUGAAGACUCUGGGGCCCCAGCUGGAGAACGGCAACCUGGGGGCAGAGGCCGGGGCCCCCAGCCUGUCAGGUAGUAAACCCAGAGGCCUACAGUGGGUGGUGGAUGUGACUAUAGCCUACCCCAAAGCCAGGCCCAUGGACAUCCAGACCUGGAUCUUUGGCUACAGGCCUCCCACAGUCACGCAUGUGCACUACAGGUUGUACCCCAUCAAGGAGGUUCCUGUGGAGACAGAACCCCUCACAGACUGGUUGUAUCAGAGGUUUGUGGAGAAGGAGGAUCUGCUAGCCCACUUCUAUGAAACAGGAGCCUUCCCGCCACCCAAGGGUCAGAAGGAGGCUGUUUCCCGGGCGAUGACCCUUGACCCCAUUUGGCUGUGCAUCAUCCAAUCUCUGGCCUUUGCCUCGGGCUACGUGUGGUACAGCGUUCUCCAGUACUUCUACUGCUGUCUGUUCUGAGUGCACUGGAGAAGGGAGGGCGAGGGGAGGUGCAAAAUCCCAGCAGACCCUCUGCUCCACACACCCCUCCUCUCCCCCUCCCUCUCCCACGAUGGAUGAAUGUACAUUUGCAAAAUGGAGGGACUGUUUUUUUUUUUUUUUUUUUAAGAGGAAGAAGCAAACAAAACAAUGCAGAGGCACCCACUACCCCUUGUUCCCUUUUCUCUCCCCUAUCCCGGAUACAUGAGUACACACAGACGCAGUUGAUCAGCACCAUGCAAAUGAACAUAAUCAUGUUUACACAUUCUGCUAACUCAGCAUGCUGGUACAGUACACUUGGUAAGAUACAGUAGAUACAGCAUCACCCCACACACACACACACAUGCGUUGUCUUGUCUUAAGAAUUUCAGUGCCCAGUCUAACCUUGUGUUGCUCUGUGCACCUGACAAAUAAAAGACUUGAACUUGAACUUGAACACACACACAUUUUAAUGUUUACACGUCUUUACACACUUUCAUAAGACACACACAUUAAAUCGGUUUUUAAUUCCAAUUUGAGAAUGAGGCUCAGGACUACCCCAAGAGGUCAUUCUGGACUGGACUCUCCUGUAUCCUGGUUUAGUAGUUUUACUGUGUUUCGUACGUGUGUAAGCAGAUGUCUGAGUGUCAGCAUCAUGUCUCCCUCUUACUGCCCCUGUUGAACCCUUCCUCAUUGGACUUCUCCCUCCAAGCCUGCUGAAACCCUCCAAGCCCCCUCCCCCCCAGAGAGGAGUUGUAUGUGUUGAGGAACUACACAGCCUAGCCCUCCUCUGGCAUUCAUUGCACUAAGGAUCCAUAACUGCCCUCCCACCCUGGGAAAUAUUCCCAAACGGUAGAAGUUGGUAUUUUAUUAUAAUUUGUACUUUAUUUUUUUAUUUUUUUCUUGUUCGUCUAUUUGUGUUUGGUCCUGUCCCCUUAAUCCCUAACAGCCAUUUUAAUUUGUCUUCAAUGUUGUUGCUGUCUGUGUUAUCCCUCAAUACUUGAUCUGAGGCUACUGUUUCCGGAGCCUCAGACUGUAUUCUGGGCUGGUCGAAGGAUCUUGUUUACACUAGUGGUCCUUCUGGGUCUACAGGGAUGCUGGCUGGGCCGGGCAGGGGGUGGUCAGGCUCUGGGAAGGACUGCUUCCAUGACAGACAAACAUGGGAUGGGGGGGGGGGGGGGUUGCAGAGAUGAAGGCCAGGAUUUUGGGGGAAAAGGCAGGGCCAGAGUAUCCCGAUAUAUCUGAUGACGGAACCCCUGAUGGCACAAGCGGCAACACUGAUCCAAAUUUCCAUGGGUGGAAAGAACUCCCGGAACAGUGAUCCAAAACACCCCUCUUCACCUCCUGGGUUCUCAUGAAUAUUACACACACACAGGCACGUGUGCACAAGCCCACCUCUGCACACACACACAGCCAGCGUGGGUCUCUGUAUGUAGGAUAAUCUCAGCGAGCCAGGGAAAGAAAGGCAGAGCAACUGAAUUCACCUCAUUGGACUCCAUAGUUUUACAAAUGUUUAAGCCAUAAGCGUAGUAUCAUGAAGUGAGAAAAUGACCCGAUGGGAGAAAAACUAUAUCUUUUUAUAAAAACAACUACCCUAAUGCUCGGAAUUCAACGUUUUUGAUUUUGGGUCAUUACUGUAAAUUUACAGCAUAACCUGCCUGAGUGAGUGUGUGGUUGUCUCCCCCCUUUCUUUCUUUAUAUAUAUAUAUAAUUACUGCUGUGAUAACGCUCUGACAUGGAGUUGACGGCAAAUCACUGUUAGUGGUCAGAUUUUAUUUUGUUUUUAAGUUACUUGAAAUAUUGUCCUUACGUCAUUGUUUAAUCUUGUACAAAACAAAGUUGAGGAAGAUUUCAUUGUUUUGAACGACUGCAAAGUUAUCUCUCAUAUUUGGUCCUUACCAUUUCUGAUAUAGUUCGAAAUAUCAUGAAUGUGGAAAAAGAAAAUGGAGAAGAAAGGG